UCUAUGUCAGAUCCCGGCUCGCGAGGCGAUGGCGGCCGACGCGUAGCAGCCCCCAUUUUUUACACACUACCCUUUUUUGCAAACGAAUUAAACUUCUUUAUUCAGAAUUCGAUCUGACUGAGAGAGUGAGUGGUCUCUUCACUGGGCCUGGCCGAAGGCCCAACGGUGUUUUGAGGGAGGCCGAAGGCGCAACGGUGUUUUGGGGGAGGCCGAAGGCCUAACUUAGUUUACUGACUUCUAUCUUCAUGCUUGUCAAUGUCUCGAGAAAGAUAAAAAUCUUCAUGCUUGUCUGCCGAUUGUUGCACCUCGCCGCCCCGCUUCGGCGGCCGGCAGUGCCGCCGUCGCCCUCCCCCGCCGCCGCGCGGCUUCGGAGCACCCCCUACCAAAACACGAGACCGUUCCGCCCGGCACCACCUCGCCGCCCACCACCACCCCGCACGAGCGCCCAUUCCCCAACCCUGGUCGGGGCCGCCGGUCGACAGACCAGCCACGGCUAGGAGUCUCUAGGAAAGCCAAGACAGCAACCUGGAAGUGGAAGCACUACUCUGAUGGAGGUUUACUUUGAUUGGUGCCAGUUUGUUGUCCUCGUGGUCGAUGGCCAACUCUAUGUGCUCUUGGUUCAGCUUCACCUGUGAAUGACGCUGUCGUCUGUGUUACCGAGAUCCACUAACAUCCGCUUCAAUGGUACGCUCCAUGGCUUUUACCUUGCAGCUUUCCAAAAUCUCAUCAACCCAAACAACAACAAUCUUGUGGGUGCCGUCCUUGAAAACUCAUUUCCAUAAUCUGAUGAUUUAGUACAUAAGCUCACAUCCACAUGGGCAAACUAACAUGAAGGGUUGUGCCCGUUUUUCUUUCUUUGUCACAUUUUGGAGGUACAGUGAACUGACAUACAUAGUCAGUCAUCGGUUAUGACCACAUAGUCAGUCAUCGGUUAUGACCUUACUGGAGACGACUAGUCACUUACCUAUGAGGAUGGGAAUCAGGGCUCCCACGACCCCAGUUCUCAAGUCUUUGCACCCAUAUAUACCUGUUCAGCGAUAGCACUACAACAUAUUUGUACUUUUGUGCAAUUAUGUAUUCGUUCUGUGUGUACUCUAGCUAUUUCCAAAUGCAAUGCAUAGAGCACCCUGCAGCUUGCCAUUUUCUUACCAACACCAUAACCUGCUGCAAUGGUACUGCAGAAACUCUUCCACAUCUCAAUUUUCCUGUUACUAUGCACAGCCAAGGCAAUCAACCCCGAAACUGAAGCACUACUCCGAUGGAAGUCCACUUUGAUUGGUGCCAACCCGUUGCCCUCGUGGUCAAUUGCCAACUCUACGUGCUCUUGGUCUGGCAUCACCUGUGAUGCUGCCGGACAUGUUACCAAGCUCCACCUUUCCGGCUUUGGGAUCCAUGGUACGCUACACACCUUCUACUCUGCUGCAUACCAGAAUCUCAUCAAGAUCAAACUCAACAGCAACAAUCUUGUUGGCACCAUUCCAGCAAACAUAUCCCUGUUGCUCACGCUCACCAUUUUGGACUUGAGCAGCAACAAUCUUGUCGGUGCCAUCUCCUACCAACUCGGCAAGCUACCAAUACUAGUCGAGGUUAAUCUGGGAAAUAACCAAUUGACUAACCCAGAAUAUGACAAGUUCUCGCCUAUGUUCAGCUUGAAGUUAUUAUCUCUAGCUAACAAUAAUCUCAGUGGAACCUUCCCACAAUUCAUCCUCAACUACACCAUUGUGAGGAUGCAAUUCCUUGAUUUGUCAGGUAAUGACUUCUCAGGGCUGUUACCAGAUUCACUACCGGAAAUGGUCCCAAGGUUGAGGUAUCUAGAUCUGUCAGCUAAUGGAUUCUCUAGUGUGAUACCUCGCUCACUCUCGAGGCUCCAGAAGCUUGAGAUACUGCUUCUCAACGAAAAUAAUCUUACAGGAGGGAUCCCAGAGGAGCUUGGGUUAGUACCUGGAUUGCGAGUUCUUUCACUGAGCGACAAUUCACUUGGUGGGUUCAUCCCAGCCUCACUUAGGCAGCUUCAGUUACUAGAGCAACUCAAUAUCAGAAAUGCUGGUUUGGUUUCUACUCUUCCACCCGAGUUGGGGAACCUUACUAAUCUCGGGCACUUGGAUCUGGCGCAUAACCAGCUAUUUGGAAGUUUGCCACCAUCUUUGGCCAGGAUGCAAGGAAUGUCCUGGUUCAUUGUACAUGACAACUAUAUCGAUGGUACCAUCCCACCAGAGAUGUUUUCAAACUUGACUAAUCUCGCGGUAUUCGAUGUUGCCAAAAACUUGUUAGCUGGAAGCAUCCCAUCGCAGAUUGGUAACUGUAAAGAGAUAAUCACUCUCCUCCUCUCAAACAACAACUUUACUGGUUCCAUCCCAGUAGAGAUGGGCAGCUUGCCGAACUUGCAGUUUUUGGUCAUGUCAAAGAAUCACUUUACUGGAGUGAUACCAUCUCAUAUCGGCAAUGCAACAUCUUUGAAAUUCCUUGCCAUCAGAUCCAACCACCUUGAUGGAGAGCUUCCUGCAACCAUGUCCGCGUUGAUAAAUCUUGUUGCUCUCAUCUUGUCUGGCAACAAGUUUACGGGUAUCAUUCCUAAUAUUGACAACAGGCAGUUGCCGUCUGUCAAGGUGGUAAAAGAUAAAAACACAAACAGCUUCAUGGGAGAAUUGCCAUCGGCCUUUUGUCAGUUGGCACUUUUGCAACUCUUGGAUCUAUCAAACAAUCAGUUGUCUGGUAAGCUUCCUGGUUGCUUUUGGUACUUGAAAGAUUUGCAAUCCUUAGAUUUAUCGAGCAAUGCUUUUGCUGGUGAAAUUCCAACCUCAAGUUACUGUAAUUCUUCACUAAGGUCCCUGCACCUGUCAGACAACAACUUUACAGGUUGCUUUCCAGGUGUGUUGAAGAACUUCAGACGCCUUGUUAUUUUGGAUCUCGGGAACAAUAAUAUUUCUGGUGUAAUUCCUCCAUGGAUAGGGCAAAGCAAUCCUUUGUUGAGGAUUCUCGGACUGCGAUCGAACAUGUUCUAUGGAAAUAUUCCCUGGCAGCUAUCACAACUCUCCCAUCUCCAACUGCUUGAUCUAGCUGAGAAUAAUUUUAUAGGUUCCAUACCAGAAAGUUUCGUCAACUUAUCCUUCAUGAGGCAGGCACCCACGAUGCAGCCAGGUAUAAAAAUCGUCCUACAAUAUGCCACCUUUGGAUAUAUAUACAGUGGCACUAUGGUCGUAAUUUGGAAAGGACAGGAUUACAUUUUCCGGGGAAGAGAUGCAUUUGUGACAGGUAUUGAUCUCUCUGCCAAUUCUCUUUUUGGUGCUAUACCUCCGGAGUUGACAAAUCUUAGAGGCAUCCAGUUACUAAAUAUGUCAAGAAAUUGUCUAUCUGGUAGUAUCCCGAAGGAUAUCGGCAGCCUAAAGUUUUUAGAAUCUCUUGACCUCUCUUGGAACAAGAUAUCAGGUCCUAUUCCUCCUAGCAUAUCAAACCUGAUAUUCCUCAGCUCCCUUAAUCUCUCGAGCAAUCUUCUGUCAGGAGGGAUACCUACAGGGAAUCAACUCCAAACAUUGGAUGACCCGUCAAUUUAUAGCAAUAACCUGGGACUUUGUGGCUCUCUAUUGAACAUUUCAUGUAAACAUGGUUCAAGUCCGACAACCACAUCAGAUGUGGGAAAGUAACAUCAUGAUGAACUUGAAACCAUGUGGAUGUACUGCUCAGUGAUCGCUGGAACAAUAUUUGGUUUCUGGAUAUGGUUUGGCACAUUGUUUUUCUGGAAGCCCUGGAGAUGUGCUUUCUUGAGUUGCAUAGAUGCCAUGCAACAGAAAGUUAUGAGGAAGAUGAAGGAUAUCUGAGGUAUAGAAAGCUGUCCAAGUAUUGAAUGAUACCACACCAAAUGAAGAUGAAGCAAGAUGUAAGCGUCGUGAUAAUUAUAUCUGUUUCUGUUCCCAGUACGCUCAAGAAUUACCAACGUUCCAGUGGACAUAUUUUGUUUCAAGGUUCUAGACAAGUUUGUGGUGUAGCUUUAGUCAGGCUAAUGGUUUGUGUCUCGCUCAUGUUUUUGUAAGCGUGUGUUGUAAAUCUUAUAAUAUUUCUAAAGCCUAUUGUGCUUGAUUUUCCUGUUGUUCAGAGUAGAAGGGCAGUUUCAGGUAGCAUACAUUGGAACUGCCUUCGAGCCUACCUACCCAUACAUUGAAACUACAUUGGAGCAGUUUCAGUGAAGUGUGCGACCAGAUGACGAUCGAGUGAAUGUGUGUGUGU